UGAUCACUCAUAUACAGCUUGAUAUGGCUGGAUGUUGAUCCAUCAGACCUUCAGAUCACUGUAAACCUGCCAUCGUCCUUUGAAGGGAAAGGAACUACUAUCCACCCGCAGCCAUGGUGCGACAUCUCGAGUAUCCAAAGAAACCUCAAAAUACAGUGAAGCGAUACAACAACAGAGGGACAUAUGACCUUGGGAUCAUCCAUUCAAUCAUAAACACUACCUCGGUCCUUCAUGUCUCCUUCGCUCCAAGCCCCGACGAACCCUUUCCCGCAAUCUUGCCCAUGAUCGGGGUCAUGGGUUCAUUUGAAUAUCCUUCAUCCAGCAUCGAGGAGCCACUUGACUGCUAUCUCCAUGGAUAUGUCAGCUCAAGGAUCAUGCGCCUCGCUCGGGAAUCCCCAAAUGGCUUGCCAAUUUGCGUCGCUGCAACCAAAGUCGAUGGCUUGGUGUUGUCCUUGACCCCAAAUUCCCAUAGUUACAACUACCGAUCAGCCGUCCUUCAGGGGUUCGCCAAGCCGGUGGAGACAGACGAUGAGAAAUUGUACGCAAUGCAAUUGAUCACCAAUAAGGUAGUCGAUGGACGCUGGGAAAACACCAGAGUUCCACCUGACAAUGUCGAGAUGACCUCCACCACCAUUCUGAGAGUCAAGGUUGAAACUGGCAGUGGCAAGAUCCGGCAAGGAGGCCCUCAUGACGAGGCAAAGGAUGAGAAUAGAUCUGACAUCACUGAAAGAGUCUGGACUGGAGUGGUGCCAGUGUACGAGGCUUUCGACACCCCAAUACCCAGUGACACCAAUAAGGUCAAGGAUCUUCCAUCGUAUCUGGAUUCAUACGUGUCCGAGACAAACAACCACAACAGAGAGUCAGCUCUCAACGCUGUCAAAGAGCCCUAAGGACACUGACAGGAGUUUGAAGAACGAUCCUCAUGGGGAGGCUCCAGGGUCGGUUGUUGACACAGAUGCCGGAUGGGCUGGUUGAGGUCGAUAAGGGGAAAUCCGACUUCGGCAUUGUCUUUUUAAUCGCUGAACCUUUCGGGAAAUCGUAUUUCGCAUAAGUAGUCGUUGAUCAGUGAAGCAUUUCCGUAUCUGCUAGAGGGCAUGAGUACAAGCUUGUCACAGCCACGUGCGCCAUUCCGCGGUCUCUUCAAUCUUUGACACAGCGAUGAAGCGGUGACGCAAGGCUGCUGUCAGGCAAGAGCUCAUGGACUCGUUCCAGAGAAAUCUCUGUGCCACCCCAUUCAUUU